CACAGACCCAAACACUAAGCUGCAUUUGGCUGCACCCAUCUGCCUCCUGUACAAGAACACACAGGAUCAAAUUGUGCCGAUUGCCAUUCAGCUCUGUCAAAAACCAGGAGAGGGAAACCCAAUUUUUCUCCCGAGUGAUAAUAAAUUCGAUUGGAUGCUUGCCAAGAUUUGGGUCAGAUCCUGCAACUUUAAUGUUCAUCAGGGGCUCACACACUUUUUCAAGACACAUCUGAUUGCUGAGGUUUUUACCAUAGCCAUGUACAGACACCUCCCUGCAGUCCAUCCUGUAUACAAGUUACUGAUCCCACAUAUUCGAUACACCAUUGCCAUCAACACAGAAGCCCGUGAAAAUCUCAUCUCUGAAGGAGGGGUCUUCGACAAGUGUAAUAGCAUAAGUGGGUUUACACUUGGGCACGUGGUCAAAAAGGUCAUGGAGACUUUCACCUAUAAGUUCCUGCAUUUUCCUGAGGCCAUAAAAGAUCGAGGAAUGGAUAGCAAGACAGAUGUGCCCAACUACUACUAUAGGGAUGAUGGCAUGAUGGUCUGGGAAGCAGUGAAAAGUUUUGUUUCUGAUGUGGUGAACAUCUACUACAAGUGUGAUGAGACAGUUCAGAGUGAUGAGGAGAUUCAGAAUUUUGUUAAGGAAGUUUGCUUUGGCAUGGAUGAUCGCUGUGAUUUUCCAAAGUCCCUCAAAACCCGAGACGAUUUAAUUGAGUACCUGACUGUAGUGAUCUUUACAGUCUCAGCACAACAUGCUGCAGUCAACUUUGGACAGUUUGACUGGUAUGGAUGGGUCCCCAACGGCCCCUCCACCAUGCGGAAACCCCCUCCCACAAAGAAGAACCAUGUCGACAUGAAGUAUAUCAUGGAAAGUCUGCCUGACCGUAAUCGUGUCAGCCAGAUUAUAGGAACAGUUUGGGCCCUGAGUCAGUUCCAGGAGAAUGAGGUGUUUUUAGGGACAUAUCCAGACAAGUACUUCACUGAGCAAUCAGUCCUAAAUGCCAUGGACACGUUCCGCAAGGAGCUAGCAAAAGUGACCCACAUCAUCAAGGAACGAAAUGAGAAUUUACCACUACCCUAUUGGUAUCUGUCCCCAGACAAAAUUCCCAACAGUAUUGCAAUUUGAGAAAACGUUGUGGAAUAGUUUCCCAAUCCCUUACUGAAGGGUUUUCAGCAAGUGUGAGCUUGACAUAUAAAGUAUUCACUUAAAAGGGUCUUACUUUUAUGGAAGUAUAGAGAUCGUGCAUUAUGUUGUUUCUGCAUCCAGAUCAUUUUCCUCAUGACAGGAUAAAAUUGCUUGUACAACAUUUCUUUUUUUUCCUGAUCCUUGCCUCAUGGUCAUCUUAUACAUGUUGCUGUGUUUACUAUGUUACAGGGUGAUGAGCCUAUAUACAUAAUAUAUACUAUAAUAUUCUCUGUUCCUCUCAAAUUAGUAUUCAUACUUAUUCUGAACUGUCAUAUUUUAAAAUGCUGUAAGAACACUUGUCUGUUAACAAUCGCAUUUGUUUUUAGUGAGAAUGCAGGAGUAUGGGAGAGCUUUAGUGUUUGUCCUUACCAAAUUGAACAAUAUGAAAAUGUUUUAGUACUUGUAAAGUUUUUAUUAUGAAACUGGCUAGCCUAAUUAAUCACUUGUUGUAAUCACAACGGAGCUCAGUUUCUUUAGCUUUGAAAUCCACAAUCUCAAAAUAAAUACAUCAUUUCUGUGCACAUGCAAACAA